ACGAACAGAACAGAUCCCUCCUUGUUUGUGAACCUAUUAACGAAAACUCUUCCCUCUCCGUCACCUUGAGGAGAGAGAUAGAGAGAGAGUGUGUCAGAAUAUUUUAGAGAGAGAAACAGAGAGAGCUGAGUUGUAUAUGUUUCUAUUUGCGUAUUUGAUCCAGAGCUAGUACACUGUUUGUUUUCCGGGAAAGUUUUUGUUUUUGGAUCCUUGAAAUAAAAAUCUAAGAUGGGUUUGAUUGCAGACUUACGCUCUCUUGAUUGGGAGCAAGAAUCCUAUCCAGCUUAUGAAGAUUUCUUAAUCCUUCCUUUCUUUGCUCUGUUCUUCCCCACUGUUCGGUUUUGUCUAGACAGAUUAAUCUUCGAGAAAUUGGGAAAUCGACUAAUUUUUGGAAAAAAGCUUUUGAUGGAUGAGCAGACGGAAGAUAGAAGGAAGAAGAUUAGAAAAUUCAAGGAAUCAGCUUGGAAAUGUAUUUAUUAUCUUUCAGCUGAGCUUCUGGCUCUUUAUGUAACCUAUGAUGAACCUUGGUUUACUAAUACAAGAUAUUUUUGGGUUGGGCCAGGAAAUCAAGUCUGGCCUGACCAGAAAAUAAAGUUGAAAUUGAAGGGAGUAUAUAUGUAUGCUGCUGGAUUUUACACAUACUCCAUAUUUGCAUUGAUUUUUUGGGAGACAAGGCGUUCUGACUUUGGGGUGUCCAUGGGCCAUCAUGUUGCAACAGCCAUUCUGAUUAUUCUUUCUUAUAUUUUCAGGUUUGCCCGAGUUGGUUCGGUUGUUUUAGCUCUUCAUGAUGCUAGUGAUGUGUUUCUGGAGGUAGGAAAGAUGUCUAAAUACAGUGGUGCUGAGGGGCUUGCUAGUGGUGCAUUUAUCAUUUUUGUUUUGUCUUGGAUCAUACUGCGCCUCAUUUACUACCCAUUUUGGAUCCUUUGGAGUACAAGCUAUGAGGUUCUUCUCACCUUGGAAAAGGAAAAGCACCCAAUAGAUGGACCAAUUUACUACUAUGUAUUCAAUAGUCUUUUAUUCUGCUUGCUUGUUCUUCACAUUUAUUGGUGGGUAUUGAUGUAUCGGAUGCUUGUCAAGCAAAUUCAAGCAAGAGGGCAUCUUAGUGAUGAUGUUCGAUCAGAUUCUGAAGGUGAAGAUGAACAUGAAGAUUGACCAUGAAACGGAAUUUACAGCUAUAAGGUGACACUUCAAAGAUGUCAAGCAACUUACAUUUAUACAUUCGUUAUACUCACUAAAACGGAAGGAGUAUAACUUGAAGAGUUUGCCUUGUAAUUAAGGGGUUGUAUGAUGGCAAUGGAGUAGAAAGUAGGAGCAGGUUGAAGGGUUAGCAAGUGCAGAAAAAUUUGAUUCUUCAUCUGAGAUAUACAACUUCACUGUCUUAGCCAUAGAUUUUGAGCACUCACAAUUGAUUUGCUGAUAAAGAAGUUUACGUUUAGCUUUGAAUAUAUACACUUUGAAGAAAAGAAACAAUUUCUUUUGUGGUUAUGCAAAUGCAUUUAAUCAUUUUAUUAUUAUUAUUA